AUGUCUUCCACCACAGACAACAACAAGAACACCACCCCAGCCUCAACCGAUGCCUCCAACAACAAGGACGCCAACCCAACCCCAUCCGAUGCCACCAACAACCAGAACGCCACCCCAACUCCCUCCAACAACCCCUCUCCUCCCACCGACGACGACAACGACCUAACCGCCGAGCCCGAGCUGAUCGAAGCCUCCGAAGCCUACGAGAAGUACACCAUCAUCCUCAACAACAACGCCAUGCCGUUGCCGGAGGAGCUGGAGCAGAACGGCAGGUCUUCGACGAAGGUCGGCGUGCCACAGCAGAUUUCGAGGAGCAUGGAGGAGACGCGGAAGGACUUUCGGCGGAAGUUUGGGUGGCGCGGGUCGGGGGAGAGGAGCCCACCGGUGAAGAGGGAGAUGGAUGGAGAUGAUGAGGAUGAUGGCGAGGGUGGUGGGAAGAAGGGCGGCGAGAAGGUGAAGAAGGAUUAG